AUGAGUCCACUUGCCAAUGCUAAAAAUUCCAAAGAUUCUGAAUCUCCAAAAAAAACUCCAAAAGUAACUGAAGAACACCUUAAACAGUAUAAAUCAGACUGCGAAAGGCUAUAUCACAAUGCUUCCUACCGUGACGGUUCCAAGCAGAAAGCCUAUGAUGAAAUUUCUGAGCGUGAGAAACAACUUAAAGAACUUAAUGAUAAGCUUAAAAAUUUCACUGAAUCACUUGGUAAAAAAGGUGAUGAAAACAUUCUUCAUAACCUUUGCACCGGCCUCGAGACAUUCCUCGGCUUCGACUCUGCUUCCAGAGGCUACACUGGCAAAGGCAUCGUGUACUCUGACUUGGAUAGGCUGUGUGACGGGGUGAUGGGAUUUUUGAGUGGUGUUCUCAGUAACAUCAAAGAGCAUUUAGGGCAGCAUAAAGGAGAAAUUACUGAAGCAAUUAACACUCUUAAGCAAAAUAAACACGCCGGUAAAAAAGGUUUUAAUGUUGCGAUUGGAAGUGUGGUCGCAGGGGUGGGGGGGUAUAAUGGUAAUGUAAGAAAUUCCAACAAUUAUGUUAAAAAUCCAAUUGAAGCAUUAUUAAAUCAUGUUAGAGAAGGUGGCGAAUUAGAUAAAGCUGUUGAUAAAAUUCCGGUUUGCAAUGUUUCCAAGGAGGCCGUGAUAACGGCCGUGACCCUGGUGGAGCAGUGUAGAGGAUUUGCAAACGUGUUCCAUAAGGCGUUCAAUUUGAAUACACAACCACAAAUGAAAAUAGCAGUGGAAGAUCUAAAUCCCGAUAUCCAAGUAAAAAUUGACAAUGCUAAGAAAAAUAUUGGCCUUGAGCUGACUAGGCUUACUAAGUAUUCCCAACAAAAAAGAGGAAAGCAGUGGACUGAUCUGGAAACCACGAUAACCCUCAUUGAAAAAACGUCAACUGACCUAGGAGAAUGUGUUAAUGUGAACAUGAGAAAUCGUGUGACGGACCUUGUUAGGCAGCUGAAGACUAAGGUCGAGGAGAUUAAAAAACAACUACAAGUGAUCGACCAAAAAAUGCAGUGGUAUAUCGAUAGGUUAAAUAGAUGGAUCGUCGCUGCCGAUGAAAUGCUUAAGAAGCCGAUAAAAGAUGCGGGGGAAGUUGGGAUUUCGUUGCCCGGAGGAGAGAAUCAAGAUAACAUUAGAAAAAAAGCCGCCGAAUUGAAAGAGAAAGGUGAGACACUUUUCUGGCAUUUCAACAGUACGAAGGAUAACGUCGAAAAGAACGUUACCGAAGCGCUUGCAAAAGUGAAAGAAAUGGACGAGGCGCUUAAAGGGGAUUUGUGGAAAGUGAAGGAUGCUGUUAGUAAGCAGGUCGGGGAGAUAAAGACGGCGAUUGGGAAGUUGUAUAAAGUGGUUGAGACUGGAGACACGGAAGGGGCAACGCACAACUCAAUGGUCGAGAUGGUCGACCUUAUAAAAAAUAAGAUAAAGACCAUUGAAGGGGUAGGCGGAAGGUUCGUAACUAAACCAACCGGGCUGUGGGCAAUCAGUCAGCAGGUUCCGACCUACGUUAAGACGUUUGAGAACUUUGAUGCGACGGUCGCUGAUUGGGUGAGGGAGAUUGUGAGAAGGAUGGUAGCAAAUAAUGGUCCCCUGCAUGAGCAUAUUGACAUGUAUGCUUCCGAAAUAGAAACUCUGCAAAAUAACCGUGAACAACUGCUUCCUAAGGUGAAGGAACAAAUCAUUACCAAGGUCAUAGCCAAGGUAAAAGAAAUUGCGUUAGCUCACAAAGCGGAUCUUGCCACCAAUGGAAAUGUGGAAACCGAUUUAAAAUUGAUUAAAAGAUUCCUUGAUCACUUUAAUGGGCAAAGUCUACAGAAUGGUGUUGACCAUAUAGUCAGUGCUAUAGAGAAGGCAGGUGAAUUACAAGUGGAUCCCUCCAAACAAAAUGUUAUACACAACUCAGAUCUGAAGAAUGCCGUAAAUAUAGUUUUGCAUGUUUUUUCGAUGGCUGCUGAAAAAAUGGGUGAGCAAAUUCAGAAGCUUGCUACUGACUGCCAUCUCGGCAAAAUCAACGAGGCAUUGACCACGGCUAGCGAUUUUGAAGAGAAAUUGAAACAAGCUACAGGAAACCAAUCCGUUGGAACAUCCAGCAGUAGGAUUAACUUUGCCCUCGCCGUCGACAACGCGAUCAGGGAGGUGACGGAAGAGCUUGGGAGAAAAUUGAUUACCGCCGCUGGUGAUACAGUCACGCUGGAAACAACGACUGCCUUCUCCAAAUACGAUGGCUUUGUCGACCAAGACAAAGUGUCCUCCCUUUCCAAAUCUGACUUCGAAGCCAUCAAAAGCGCAGGCCACCUCCCCGCGGCGAUCGGUGCGAUUAGGGAUACUGCAAAAACUGAUUUUGAGAAUGCUAAGAAUAUAAUCAACAACGUAACGUCUUUCAAUACCUUGUCUGAAGCAAUCGCCACGAACCUAAGUGAUCUGUUGAGGGCUUUCGAAAAGGUAGGCCAAUCUAUAAAAGUUACCUUAAGCAACCUGAAAAUAAAUACGAUCGGCAUGAAGGAUAAAGGCGCGAAAGCUGCUGAAGGCAGCUUGCAAGAAAUUCAACAACACCUCUCUAAUCUCAAAACCUUCGAUUUGAACAACGCCAUACAGAAGGCAAAGAACUUCUUUGAGAAAGAAGCCAUCGAGGUGCAAACCAAAUGCAUCCAGGAAAUUGAAAAACAUGUUAACUCUGAGGUAAAGAAGGGUCGAGAUAUCAUAAUCGCCCAAGUUCGCGCAAACUACGUAACGUCCGUAAAGGAAUUGCUGCAACAAUUUUCGUCAAAGGUGACAGACGAACUGAAACAUCUUCCCACCGAAAUAACCCAGGACGCCGAUAAGAAAUUUAAAGGAUUCAUGAAAGAGAUAGAGGCGCAAUUGAAGACCGAUAAUAUAAAAAACGCAUUGCCACCAAACGCCAAACUGGCGACGUUUGCUGGAUGUAUCAGCAACUUCUUUGGUGGUAUACUCUACAGUCUCAAUACUAAACGUGACAUCAUGCCUCCGCAUAAAAUUACUGAAAUAGAUACUACACUAAACACUCUACUAAAUGGCCUCUCGAAUUACAACAAGAAAUUUGUAGUUGAGUUAUCCGCCGUUAACACACUUAUAGACGGCAUCCAUCCGGAGUCGUUCAGCGAAGACAGUAACAAGCUGCUUGACAUUCUGACAAAAGGCCUGCGAAAAUUUCACGACGAACUUGACAAGGCUUACAUCUCAAUUUAUGACGGUGAGCCGUGGCGAGCGGAGUAUUCUUCCAGAUAUGCUAAGGUUUGUCUCACGAUCAUUCAUCUUGGCGUCUCGUUACCCAUGUUGAGAGUAAACUGCAAGAGCUUAAGUGGACAGCAGAUUAACAAAAACGGUGACCUCGGAAAACUGUUCGCCGAUGAAGGCUAUCGUGUAUCCGACCGGGGCGAGCAGAACGGCGAGCUGCAAGACCAGGACUGGAUGAAAGGUGACCAAAUUCAGAAGAGGCUGACUUGGCCAAUAAGCGGGGUCAACAACGAGCAUUUAAGAUUGUGUGAGUCAACUAAGAAACAUGAUAAAUUUAGUCUCAUUCAUUUCAUGGCGUGUCUUGUCGAUCACCUCGGACAAUACAACGACGUUUGUCACAUCGCUCCUCCAUCGAAGGGCAACGCACCUUGCAAUGUAUACCAAAUGUUGUGUUGGCUUGACGGACUUCCUCAUAGUCCGGUAUACCAAGACUUGAUAAUUGACGGAUUUAGCGGUCUCUUUGAGAAACCGGGCGAGCAGCACAAAGACGUUCAGUCGGACGAUCUACCUGUUAUAGACGAAAAUGCCGACACGUUGGACGCCUAUCCGAAACCCAUCACCGCUGCUGCGCUGAGAGCAACACUCGACGAAGUAUGCAAGCAAUCUCACAACGUCCUCACUUCCAUCCUCGGAUAUGGCCACGCGGGUGGCGUGUAUGCUUGUGAAUUCACUAACAAUUCGCAGGGUUUAGUAUACCCGAAUAACAUGAACAGCCUAAUCUGUACCCUGGUUGAUAUCCUUAGACGCCUUCAUUACCAGCUUUAUUUCAUAUGUCAGCAGUGUCUGUACAAUACUGAGCUUGGCGGGUGGCGUGAUUGCUGGUAUGGCCGGGAAAUCGGUGGAUCCAACUGGAAGUGUAACACGAUCCAAUGUGCCAACCAAGACGCUGGUCAAAAGCAUAACCAACGCUGUGACCAAAAGUGCGACCAAAACACUACCUGCGGCCUCAAGUCACCACUGCAAUCUUAUCUGGAGGAUGGUCUGCCGGGCUUUUUGCCACAUCUCGUAACAAGCAAGGGGCCAAAGAUGUCAUGUGGCACGUGCGCUAGAGCAUCACCUGAAAUGCCAUGUUUGACGCCGAUGGGCUUUUCCGAUAUCAGCAAUCUUGCAUCGCAUAGGCGGAAAGGUCAACAACUUUACAUGGCACUCACAGGUUUUUGCAGCAGUGUGAACUCUCCUCUCACUAAGCUGUGCAGCAUGUUUAAUUGUAUUAUUCCCAGCGCUCCCAAAACACUUGACUACAUGUUCGCUGUCUUCUAUCAAUUACUUCACGAUUGGGAUGAGGAUAGGAACGAGACUCGUAUUAAGCACACAAAACAGGGAUUCAACUUCGCAGUAAACGAGGCGUAUUUCAAUGACAACUAUGACUUCGGCGACGUGUCGCUCAUGUUCAAAUCGAAGAGGCACGCAGCCUUUGUCUACGUAAAGGAAAAUGAAGUUGAUAGUUUAUAUCACCACCGCGGCAACCUCUAUAGUAUAUUCAACCCCGACGAUGCGUGUUACACUGCCACCAUGACGUGCGGAGCAUACAUCUCGCCGAUUUGCCUAGACGCAUAUUCGGCAUUGUCGUCUAACAACGGUAAACUAUAUGUUUCGUGGAUUAUUUACACGAUCGAAAAAUUCUACGAUUUGCUAUGCCAGCUGUGCAGAAGGUGUACUGGAAAUUGCACCGGCCAGAGUAAGAAAUGUCGUGUCUCUGGAUGCGCAAAAACGGUUUGCAACGUGGACGCAAUUGAUAGUCUCGCCACCAAAGCGCAUAGCGAAUCGUGCAACUCAAUCGUCCAAUGCCCGAACACAUUACCAACGUUGUACACAUACGGAUUUACAUACGGUAACAGAGUGUCUCUUAAUGGGCUUGUGAACAAAAGUUGUGUUCCAAAAAGAACUUGUAAAGAUUUUUCAGAGCAACUAAACAAAGUCUGCUCCCAGGCAUCUGUGCUAUCGAAAUUAAUUCAUGUCACUAUACCGGAAUUCCUAUUUAGAAUCAGGUUGCCUUUCAUGUUAUUAGUCCUCGCACUUUGGUCACUCUCCCUAUUCUACCUCAUCUGCGUAAUGGUUGGCAGACUGGAUGUGCUGCACAUCAAAUCGCACCUGAGGAUACCGUCAUCGCACAGGAUAACGGCGCAAUCAUUGUUGGCUGCAGCGCAAGUCGGAAGGCUUGCCAAGAUAUCGUACCUACAACCGUAA